GGAUGGUAACUGGAAACUGCGUAAAUAGUAAAUCGGUGAUACGAAUUUAAUGUUAGGUCUGUACUUCGUCUGUGGUCGUGCUUGGUUCGAGGUUCGAGCUUGCAUUACGCUUUUUAGGCAACAGAAACAGAACGUAGUUGAACAGAUUCGUAAAGCCAUGAGCGUAAUCAAAUUUCAUACAGAUACUAUUUGAACGUUUAUUUGCAAGUCUCCUCUUACUGCAGCUGUGGAUUUAGAAAUAUUAAGCGCGACGACUUGUCGCUUGCGAUUUGACAGUUUCCGAUUUUGUUUCUAAAAAGGCGGAGUUACUUUAUGCAGCCAGUGUUAAGACUGCUAAGUAACUUGCUUUGCUCGUCCAACGAUGUUGAUAAAUAGUCAAGUUUGACAUGUGUUACACGAGGACUGAUAAAUUUAAAUCAGUCGAAAUCAUGUGAAAACAGUUCGAUCGUUUACAAAGUGCCUGUGAUGUAAUUUUCAAGAGUAAUUUAAAGCAAUUUUAAAGAAAAUGACAACUGAGCAGAGUGGGCACGAUCAUUCCCUUGCGAUUAGACAAGAAAUACAACGUUUCGAGAGUGUUCAUCCAUCUAUCUACGCUAUUUAUGAUUUAAUAGAUCUUAUUUCCGAUUCGCACAUCUCGAAACAGAUCCGAGAACAUGUUGUCGCGAUCGAAGAUUCGUUUGUUAACAGUCACGAAUGGACGUUAGCCAGAGACGUUCCGGAGUUACAUUUAGGAAUCAUUGGCUCGUCGGACUCCGGCAAAUCAGCUUUGGUUCACAGAUAUUUAACUGGUUCGUUCAUGCACGAGGAAUCUCCAGAAGGUGGGCGCUUUAAAAAGGAAGUCUUUAUCAAUGAUCAGAGUUAUCUCUUGCUCAUUAGAGAUGAGGGUGGAAUACCAGAGUCACAAUUCUCUGCUUGGAUCGACGGUUUAUUACUUGUAUUUAGUUUAGAGAACGAGGAAAGUUUCUCGAUCGUUUGCAAUUUUUAUAACAGGAUGUGUUCGUUUCGAAAUAUGUCGGAGGUACCAAAAAUACUCGUAGGAGUUCAAGAUUCAAUUAACGAUGCUAAUCCCAGGGUUAUUAAAGAUGUUAGACCGAGAAAGUUGGCAUGUGAUCUGAGAUGCCCUUAUUACGAGACGUGUGCUAUUUAUGGUUUGAACGUUGAGAGGGUAUUCCAGGAUGUGUGCCAAAAAAUUAUACAACAUAUAUCUGCGAAGCAUUAUAGAUGCAAUGGGCAGCAAGCGAUAGACAAUGAAAUAAAGUAUCCUGUUCCAACGAUUGCCAAAACUACGCAGCUUCUGGCUAAAGAAGUGGAAGCGACAAAUUCAUCGAAAUUGAAUACACCUGAUAAAGAUGAAGAUACUAGAUCGCUUCAUAACAGUUCUACUCAAAAUGACACUGCGACCAUAAGCGAUAACUUUCAUAAUGUACAGAAUCAACACGGAGAUUUCAGAUCUUCGAUCUUAACACCGACCACUAUCAGGAAAUUUCGAAGGAAGUCGAACAUAUUUACUCCGUCGAAAAAGGAGAAAUACAAUAUGGGUGAGAUGGGUGUUGGCAGGGAAAUUCCCGUGAAGCAAGGAUAUCUGUUUAAACGAAGCAGUAAAUCUUUGAAGGAAUGGAAAAAGAAAUACGUUACAUUACUGGAAGAUGGUCGUUUAACUUACCAUUCCAGCUUACAUGAUUAUAUGAACGAUAGUAAUGGUAAAGAGAUAUUGUUACAAUAUGUGACCGUAAAAGUGCCUGGAAAAACCCCUAAAGGUUCUAAAUCAUCCAAUGCUCAAGAAGAUAGCUUUGAAUUUUCAAUCAUCUCGUUAGAAAACAAGACGUGGCAUUUCGAAGCGAAUAACGCCGAAGAUAGAGACAGUUGGAUCUCUGCUAUAGAGCAGCAGAUACUGUCGAGUUUGCAAAAUAGCGACGGUGAUAAGAAGAAUGAACCUGAUGCUUUCAAAAUGCAUUGUAUAAAAAAUAAAGUAUCGGGUAACGAUGCCUGCGUUGAUUGCGGAGCAUCGAAUCCGGAUUGGGCCAGCUUGAACUUGGGUGUAUUGAUGUGCAUUGAAUGCUCGGGAAUACACAGAAAUCUGGGUUCACACAUAUCGAAAGUCAGGUCGUUAGACUUGGACGAUUGGUCCGCAGGUCAGUUAAGUGUAAUGUUAGCCCUUGGUAAUGACAUAGCGAAUAGUGUUUGGGAAUAUUGCUUGAACGGGAAACAGAAGCCGAGCUCGGACUCCCCUAGGGAAGAGAAGGAGCAAUGGAUCAGGUGGAAGUACGAGGAUAAAAUGUUUCUGCCGCCGAUAAAUCCAAACAUCUCCUUGGGGAAACUCCUUAUUGAUUCGGUUUGCCGGGGCGAUAUGAGAGCGUUCACGUUGUGCUUAGCCAGAUGUAGUUACGAGGACAUUAACAUGCCUGUCAGUAUGGAAGACUUGAGAACGCCUUUACACUUGGCUUGCGCUACGGGAAAUUUAGCUAUGGCCCAGCUGUUGAUAUGGCAUAAAGCGAAUCCGCAAAAUCUAGAUCACGAGGGACGUACGUGUAUGUCGUACGUGCGAGCGCUCGAGAGAACGCUUGACAAUUCGACGGAUACGAUGGAAAUGCAGAAGCUUCUCGAAGUACUUGAACAAGCUAGUGUUUCCGGUGUAGAUGAAGUAGAAACUUCUCAGUAUUAAAAUUGUUUAUGUUAUGUACUUAUUGCAUGCAGAGCCAUGUCUCAAUUAAUGGCUUAGUGUUCGAUACCUUCUGUCAUCGGAGUUAAUACAACUUUUAACAUUUUAUCGAUACUGAUACCCAGAAGAGUGACCAAAGUACGUUGAACGAGUUUGAGAGAACGAUAUGCUUCUUCGGAAUAGGAAAUUGUCUAUGUAUCAGUAUAUAUCUUUUAACUGGCUAUAAAGUUCGUAAAAAGUUUGACCAGAUAGUUUAACGAAUAUAACUUUACAUAUAUAUUUGUACAUUGAGAAGUAAUUUGAAUUAAAACAAUUAAUUCAUAUGAUCAUACGUAUUUAACAAGGUUUAGGUCAGUGAAAGUAAUGUCUAAUAGUAAAUUGGCGUGUACAUUAUCGAUAUAUAUGACUGAUGAGAGUACAAACACUCAUAAAUCUAGUUAUAUUUAUACACGGAAUACAUUUAAUGUAUUUGAAAAAUG